CCUUGACUUUUCACUAAUGACUCCAGAAGAGGUUUGCUUUGACAGCAUCUCAACAAUAUGAUCUCAAUGAAUACAGUAAUGCUGCACCGUGAAAAAUAUCAAGAGUUUUGAAAAUGGAGGCAUCAGGAAAACCGUUAUCAGCACAACUUAUUUCCCUGCUGAAGGACGGACAAUGGGAAAAGGAUGAUGUUGUUAAAUUGUUUAAAGCCCUCGUGGAGCAAUUUAAAGCCAAGAAUGAAGAUUUUAAUUCAUGGAUGAUGAAAAUUCUUCAUCAAGUACAGAUUCACAAAAUAAGUGUGUCAGAUUUGACAUUGAAUGAUAAGAUUGUAGAUCAUGUUGAGGCCAAAAUUAAUGACGUGGUCAAAAAUACUGGUGAUAAAACACUGAAAGAUAUUGUGGAGGAAAUUCGUAAACAAGGAAGUAUUGAUGAAGAAAUGAUGGCACAAGUGACAGAUAUUGUGUCCUCUGUGUCAGGUUGUCUAUCAGCUUCUACAGCACCACAUCUACAAGGAAUAAAGCUAAUUUUAUUCAAGCUCUGCAAAGCAGUGCAAAGGAAGAGCAAGAACAAAAUAACACCUCGACUCACUCAGAUGGUGAGCUGGUGCAUUCUCGUUCUUUCUAAAUCAAGUCGGCUCGUUCAGGUUUUAACAGGAGAAGGAAAGUCGUGCAUCGUAGCAAUGUUUGCUGCAUAUCAGGUCCUGAAGAGAGAAAAAAAACCUGAUAUCAUCUCCAGUUCUCCUGUACUUGCUGAAAGAGACGCUGAAGAAUGGUCUGCAUUUUAUAAGGAACUAGGUAUCACUGUUGACGUCAACACUAAUAAAUCAAUUGACAAAGAGCUGAAGAAGUGCUAUGACUGCCAGGUGGUCUAUGGAACAGUUGACAGUUUUGCAGGUGAUUUUCUGAGACAGCGCUUCCAUAGAAAAGAUGUGAGACCUAAGAGAGAGUUUCAGUGUGUUAUAGUGGAUGAGGUGGACUCACUAAUGUUGGACAAAAGUCUUGAAGUUGUCUACUUGAAUAGUAAUAUACCUCUUAUGGAACCGUUGAAUGCAAUACUAGCCGAAAUUUGGUUGAUCAUCAACCAGCUGAAACGUUUAGGGACUGGUGAGAUUUUAGGCCCCCCUCGGCUCUUCUCUCAGUUUCUGUCUGAAAUCAUGAAUGAUAAUAAAAACACUGAUCAACUCAGUAUUGUGCAGAAUACUUUAGAUGCUGCAAAACAACUAGAUAAUGCAAGUGUUAACCAAACAAAAGCAUUUUUAACCAAGUUUAUGGGAAACUUCCCAGAGUAUUUCUUUAUACUUUACCAGGAAGAGCAUGAUGGGAAUUUACAGAAACUGAAUGAGAUUAAUCCCACAGGUACAAAUAAGAAACAAGAAAUAUCCGUUCUUCUCCUUGGAAAUGGAAAAUGUCGUGUAGUGUACUAUGACGAGGACUCACUAGUUCAGUCAUUGGGUAAAAUGAAAGUGUCUGAAUCAACAAACGAACAAAGAGAAUGUCAUAUUCCGGGUCUUGAAGAGCUCAUCAAUGGCAAGGUACAAACCUGGAUUGAAAAUGCUCUGCAAGCAACCAAAAUGACUCUGGGCCACGAAUACAUCCUUCAUGGAGAUGGAGUCGUUCCAGUAGAUUAUAAAUUCACUGGUGUUGUGCAGAACAACAUGAGAUGGGGAGAAGGACUUCAGCAGUUUCUGGAGAUGAAACACCAAACUAAACUGUCCAACAUGAGUCUAAUCACAAACUUCAUGUCGAAUGUAGGAUUGUUCAAAAAAUACACAAACCAGAUUUAUGGGAUCACGGGAACUUUGGGUGACCAAACAGAACUUGACAUGCUGAAGAAGCUCUACGGUGAUAUUGACACCUGUAAGAUUCCCUCAUUUCGACAAAGGAAACUUUAUGAGCUGGAAGGCAUGGUGAUACAUGAAGAGGUCGAGUGGAUCAAGACCGUCUGUGAUGUUGUUUGGGAUCAAGUGACUUCCACAGUCUAUCGAGGUCCACGAGCAGCUCUCAUCAUCUGUGAAACAAUCAACCGUGCAGAAACGUUACAAGGGGCCCUUGUAGGCUCUAUCUCAAAACACAAACUAAAACUCUAUGUGAAUAACAAUAUGAACAACUCUACAAUAAUAGACUCAACAGUCCAAGCCGGAGAUGUCAUCAUUGCAACUAAUCUAGCGGGUCGAGGAACAGAUCUAAAGGUCUGUGAAAGUGUAAAUGAGGCAGGAGGUCUGUUUGUGGUCCAAACCUUCUUACCUCUGAACAUCCGUGUUGAACAUCAAGCCUUUGGACGAACGGCUCGCCAAGGGAGUCCAGGAUCUGCUCAACUCAUCAUGUGCACCAGUCAUUUCUCUGAUUCCAUUAACCUAGUGAUGAGCCUAAAUGCAUCCGUCACCAGCGUACUCAGCCAUCUGAACCAUCUUUUAUCUAGAAUGAUGUCAUGUGAUUUUACAGAGAGUGCAUUUGAGAAAGCGGUUAAUCACUACCUGACAAAUCACAGCUUUUAUAAUUAUGAGGCAAUGGUCUCUGCUUUGAAAGACCUUUUAACCAUGAAAUCAUUUUCACCACAAGACAGUCAUUUGAAAAAGGCAAAAGAAGCCAGGAACAUUCUGGUGAACAUUAGACUGUCUAGCUUACUUGAAAAAGACAUUGCAAAAAUCACUAAAAAGGAAGAGCUGUUUUCUGUUUACCUUGGCGAGUUGGACAAAAUUUAUGAAGAUGAUGUUUUCUCUGACCAGCGUGAUGUAAUUGUGUCCUGUCUUCAUGAGUGUUGGGGUUUGUGGCUCCUGAUUCACUCAACUAAAGACACAUCCAUUGAGACACUGAAGGAACAGCUGAAGGGGGACUUGUUGAUUGCAAAGCGGGACAUUUUUAGUAAACGGUCCCCAUCCACCAUGGUCUACUAUUACAUCAGGUCUGGAAACAAUCUCCGUGAGAAGGGACGCCUGGCAGAAAGCAUUGAGAUGUAUACUAAAGCUUUGGAGGGCGGUGCAUGCGGGGAGAUUGUUCCUGUCUAUAAUCGAGCAUUAGCCACUAUUAUGAAGAAGGACUCUGGCUAUAUCACACAAGCACUGGCUGAUCUAGAAAAGGCUGACAAUGCAAUAGAUUCAUACAAGUUACAUCUGGCAAGGAUUUUUACACAUGUGCAACUAUCAAGCCAAGAGCUGAUAACGGACAGUGAUUCUUUGCUCAGAAAACAGUUUCAAAUAAAGUGUAUGACAGUAGACCUACUGAAGAUAAACAUUCAAAAUGCUGUGAUGAAGUUGAAGAGUGCUGAAAGCAGAAGAGGAAAUGUGAGCUUGACAGAAAAACUUACAAUUUUUCUUGUAGAAGACUUUCAUUUCAGUUCUCCAAUAGUUCUGAGAGAGCUGCUAAUGGAAUUAAUGCACAUUAAGUCAGUGGGUCUUGACACCGUUUUUUCUUUGGACACUACAUUUUCUCUCAGCGGCCUUUUGUCAAAGGUGUUAAAACGGUUUUGAAAUGUGUCACUUCUCUCAAGUACUGACAGAGGUUAAAUUUACGUUACAUUUAUACACAUUACAGAUGUGAUGCACUUUGAUUCUAAUUUAGUUAUGUGCCAAUAACUGCUAUUCUAAUGACUUAACACGUGCAUUGGUUCUUCAUGCUGACACUUGUUUAAUAAUUAAAAUGUCCUUCUGAAAGUUAUAAUUCCAAAUGAUGAAAGAUGGCUGCUAAAAUAUACAGUACAUAUUUAUAUAUAAGAUUAU